AUGCAGCCAAUGCGCUUUAGACGGGUCGUGCGCUCUCGGAGGUUCCUCAGAGAAAGCACACUGGUGGCAGUACGGAGCGGUAGCGCGAGCUCAGUACGACGAAGAGAACCCAACGAGUCCACAUCGCGCGACUUUAGCGAAGGGAGAGAAAGAAAGAAAGAGAGAGAGAGCCUGCAUCUUAAAACCAGCCGUUAUAUCUGGAGAGGGUCGCCGCAGCCUGGAGGGGGAACGAGGGAUUUGAUCAGCACCGUUAUUUUUCUUUUGUGUUUUCUUUCUUUUUCUUUUUUUUUUGGAGAAGGAUUGUGAGCGUUUGUGUGCAAAGAUGAUGGUCGGGGAGAUAGAGGUGAAGGAGAGACCGAGGCCGAGUCCCGACUAUCUCAUGCAGUUAUUGAACGAGAAGAAGCUCAUGACUAGUUUACCGAACCUGUGCGGCAUCUUUACACACCUGGAGAGACUCUUGGACGAAGAGAUAACCAGAGUGAGGAAAGACAUGUAUAACGACACAGUGAACGGUCUGGUGGACAAACACCCCCUGGAGUUACCAGAGCCAGUGGGACCCAUCGUACAUCUACAGGAGAAACUCUUUGUACCUGUCAAAGAGUAUCCAGAUUAUAAUUUUGUAGGGAGAAUUCUUGGCCCUCGUGGACUCACAGCAAAACAACUGGAGGCAGAGACUGGCUGCAAGAUCAUGGUGAGAGGGAGGAGCUCCAUGAGAGACAGAAAGAAGGUGAGACGGCUCACAGGGCUCCGGCUGAGGCCCAGUUCUAUUUCAGGCCUGGUUGUGGUGGUGUGGGUGUCAGAGAGAACAAAAGCACAUGGAGACCUGCACGUGCUGAUCACAGUGGAGGACACACAGACACGUGCUGAGGUCAAGAUGAGAAGAGCUGUCGAAGAGGUCAAGAAGCUACUGGUGCCUGCAGCAGAAGGAGAAGAUAAUCUGAAGAAGAUGCAGCUUAUGGAGCUGGCCAUUCUGAACGGAACAUACAGAGACACCAACAUCAAAAUGCCCACCCUUGCGUUCUCUCUUGCAGCAGCGGCAGCAGCUGCUCAAGGUCAGCGUCUGAUCGCGGCUCCUGCGGGUCAGGUCCUCCCCCCAGCUGCCCUCAGGCCCCCCAAUCCGGCAGGGACCCCCAUCAUGAACAUCAUUCGGCCCACUCAGAUGGCCACCAUGCUACCCAAUGGCACCCCUACCCUGGUGCCCACAACGCCCGACGCGGGCAUUAUCUACACCACGCCCUACGACUACCCUUAUGCCUUGGCACCCACGUCUCUGCUGGAAUAUCCUAUCGAGCACAGCGGAGUCCUAGGUGCAAUGGCUACUAAAGUGCGGAGACAUGAUUCACGGGUCCAUCCUUACCAAAGGAUAGUGACCACAGACAGAGCCGCCACCGGCAACUAACAAAUGACCUCUGAACUCUGAACUCUUCACCCAAUGAUGAGCCGCCCGAGCCUGCCUGCUGAUCAGAUUAACUGGUAAUUGCCUUUUGCUAGCCUGGUGGAUGCAGAGAGAGAGGCACCUGUCCAAGCAGUGAUCCUAACAUAAACCAACACAAAACAAAACAACCCUCCAUACCAACAAGUUGUGUAGUGAUAACAACGAUGAUACUCUUUAUUAUUUUUUAUUAUUAUUGUUUCUUUCUUAUUCUUUUUAAAUCUCAAAUGACUGGGUAAAUGUUAACAGUGAUGUUGCGUUACCCGAAAAUCUGCACUGAAGUUUAAAAGCAAUAAAGAAGCGUCUUCUGCUAAUUCAGCCCUUAAAUGCAUUUAUGCUCAAAAUAAAUGUAAAAAAAA